AUGGCAGUCUACUGAAACGGAGUGGUUAACAACCAGAAGAGGAAGAAUAUCGACCCUCAUUGGUCACUGUAGAGGUGGCGGCUACAUGAACCAAGUCAGUCAGUAGAAUUUAUUAUGUGGUUGAAUAGAAUAACUAUUAUUAUCCGAACCGAAGACAUUUUUUGAAUAUAAUUUCACUCUGGGGAGAAUGUAAAACAGACGGGGUGUGAUAAUGGACGCGGCGCGGUGCAGUGUGGAGUAUUUAUCUGAGUUCAGUGACUGUCAGUCUCACUCAGUGCGCAUCAUACAGGACGCCACGACUCUUUUCUUCACCAGAGGAGACAGAGAUGUUCUCAUAUUCGAUGCCCAGGAGAGGAGAGUCACGACCGUGAUGCAGUUUGAUGCUUCAGUUAUAAAUUUGGAAUUAAGUGAAGAUAAGCAUCGACUUUUUGCUCUUUGCGCCAACGGUGUGAUUUACUCCACGCUUAUACCACCACCACAGUUCAGUUCUUCAUCUGUCCUGGCGAACAAAACACCUGACAGUAUGCUGUAUAUUGUGCCAGAUGAUUCUAUUGUCCUCAAAAAUGCCAGUUUGCAAGCAUUCACCAUAGUCAAGAAGAUCCUCGUGACUCUUAGCCUUCAAAAAUCCAUCUGGAGUUUUGAUCUCUAUGAAGAGCCUGGAUCCAGAACCCUUCAUAAACUUGCAAGUUUCCAGGUUUUAACUCUAAACACACACUUAAACAUAACAGGGAAAGAUAAAAGUGUAAGUUCUCCUCCAGUACUGACUUGCAUCUACCCUGAAGGCUCUACAUCAGGCAGCACUCGCCAGUCUGACCUUCAUCCUCAUCUCGAGCCUGGUCUUUUCAGGCUUUUAUUUGGAGUGGACACCUCUUUAGUCAAUUCUCCAGUCAUUCUUUGUGGUUUACCUGAUGGACGUAUUUGCUGCUUUCCUUUGUUCGUCCCCACCCUGGCUGGUCCUAAUGAAGAACAGAGAUCUCCGGUCAGAGUCCUCCAGAGCUUAGAGCAGCCAGUCGUGUUCAUUGGUACCUGCAUCUCUGGAGAACUUGGACCUCAGUGUCUUGUUGCAGUUGGUCAGAAAGGCAAACUUCUAAUGGUCAAAAGCAAACAAGCAAACUUGGAAGGAAAAAAGGCAGAUUAUAGCUUCAAUGAACAUAGUGUCCAAGGACCGGUGCUUUGUGUCUGUGUUGAUGAUAAGUGGAUGUUCUACAGCUCUAUCACAGACUUGCACGCUCUUCAGCUCACCACAGAAUCAUCUUCAUCAACUGGAGCUGAGGCCCAACUGCAAGCUCUGACCUCGUACAGUCUCGGUGUAUACAGGGUUAUAGCACUUGCUGGGCCAUAUACUAACUCCACUGGAUCUAUGAAGCUUUUGGCAGUAUCUUUGAGUGGAAAACUGCUUUGUGUGAACCUUCCUCAAGGAUCUGAAAACGGAAAUGUUGCUAGGUUGCCCUCAUUUCUGGCAGGCCAGAGAGUGAAGGACCUCCUGGCUUCCAUUGCAAACAUCUGGGAGAGGGCUGAAUCCUUGAAACACAAGCUUCAGGAAAAAAAUGAGUCUCUCAAGCGUCUUAAUCAAGUCAUAAAUGUUUGCAGCCUGCUGUUGGACAAACAUGGGAAUGAAAAGGCUUGUAAUGUGGGCAAACUUCCAAUCAGCUGCCGUGGUGUAACUAGGUGGAGCUCGUUGCUCCAAAGGGACUCGCUGACUCUAACAUGUGUGCUAGAAAAUUCAAGUGGAUGUACAUUGGAACAUGGCUGGACUUUGUGCAUUCAGGUCCACCCAUUGUCCAAAGGUCCAAAUAUGGAGGGCUCGUCUAUGAUAUACUCAUUUCCAUUCAAGAAACUGGAUUCUGGUCAGAAACUGGAUGUAACUAUUCCUCUUGAAAGCACUUGUGGACUCUCUCUGCCAGUAAAAGUUCACUGCUCUCUCGACUUCUCCCUUUCUGCUCUGUUUAGUCCUGAAGCAUCUUCUCCUGAUGUUUCUCAGCUCCUGACAGAGGUAGGAUCUAUCAGUGCACCUUUGAGUACUUUAAGAGUGGACUGGCUUGAUGCUUUAAGGCUAGAAAGAUCAUUUUCACUUGGCAACAUUGGACAUAACACUGUCACUGAUGGCAUUCAAGCUUUCCUGCGUUCCAGAGGAGUGUUAACCAAGGAUCCUGAUAUUACUACCAAGUCAGGACCCAUCACAGUGAUGGUCAGGGUAUCAUCAGAGCUUCUAAAGACUAAACUGAACCUCUCAGCAACCAGCAGUCAAGAAAUGUGCGUGUCUGUGCUAAACUGGCUGGUAUCACCUGAGGCCACAGGACGACAAAGUCCAGUUAUUUGUGCCUACAGCCCAGAUGGGUGCUCUGUUAAGCUUCUGGUUAAAGAGGUAACACUGGGAGAUUUCUGUUCUGAUGGACCUCUCGAAGUUUUGGAGAUUCAGGUAGAAAGCACAUCUGUGGCAGCGGUGUGUGGACUGCAUCAUGCCAUUUUAUGGCGCCUUCAGGUGUUGCUCAGAGACUCGGACGUGAAAUGUGGUCGUACAAAACAGUUAAAGGCACAGAGCUUGUUUGAAGCUGUACGGCAUGUUGAGUCUCUUUUUAAAGACCUUCAGGAUGCUCAGAAUCAAGCAGCUCUUGGUGGAACAAUGAAGAUGAAUAAGAACUUGGAGAUCCUGUUCCGCAUUUUUCUUCAGCUGAGGGCAAAUCCGUUGGUCAUUCUCUGAUUGAAGUACACCCUCAAAAGCCUGUAUUACAGACAUUUUUGAACACUGUAAAGGAUGUAGAAAUGUUUUAUGGAUUUAUGGAAGCCCAUAUAUGCCACUAAAUAAAAAGUUCAUUUAUAUCAACAUGAUUUUAAGAAAAAAAAGGUGAGAUAUUAAAAAACUAAAUUACGGAAAUAGGCUUCCAUAGUUAUUCCAUACUUGUUUUACUUUUAGGAUAAAAAAAAUCCUUGCUUUUUUUGUGUGUCCCAUUCAUUAUCCAUAAUGAAUUAGUUAUAGAAUGUUUUGUUAAAUCAGCAUGAACGGUCUGUGAGUGUGUAUUAGAGUCUCUGUAAAAUGUAAAAUACAUUAAAAUAUCUGAUACUUUA